AUGGCUGCAGCUAUGAGAGACGUUGGGUCAUCCAUUGUGAUGGUGACACUUGGCAGUUUAAUUUUGUGGUGUGUAUGGAAAUUGUUGGAUUUCUUUUGGUUGCAACCCAAGAAGCUGGAGAGGCUUCUAAGGGAGCAAGGCUACAAUCUCACUCCAUACAAGUUUCCAUUUGGGAACAUGUUUGACUAUGCGAAGAUGCAAAUGGAAUCUGAGUCAAAACCUAUCAAAAUAACUCAUGCAGUUGCUGAACGUGUGGCCCCUUGGAACCUUCAUAUCAUCAAGACUUAUGGUAUGAAGUCUGCAUUUUGGAUUGGAAAUUGUCCACAUGUGCACGUUAUGGAUCCUAAUAUGGCAUAUGCCAUUCUCAAUGACAAAUCUGGUAUCAUUAAGAAGCCUGAAUUGGAUCCCAUCAUCAAGAUGAUGGCCUAUGGAAUUUUUAAUUACGAGGGAGAUAAAUGGUCCAUGCACAGAAGGAUUAUGAACCCCGCCUUCCAUUUAGAAAAGUUGAAGUUCAUGUCAGCAGCAAUUAAUACAAGCUCAAGGGAUUUGAUCAACGUGAAGUAG